UCUCUCUCUCUGCGUUUCUCGAGUAGGUCGGGACGCUGUGUAUAAAAGGAGACAGUAGAGCAGCUAUAGGAUCUUUGGUAGCAUUCGUCCUUUUAUUGUGCAGCGACUUUAGUGAAGAAACAUCAUGUCUGGCAGAGGAAAAGGAGGUAAAGGACUGGGUAAAGGCGGAGCAAAACGGCAUCGCAAAGUACUUCGCGAUAAUAUCCAAGGCAUCACCAAACCAGCUAUCCGCCGCCUGGCUCGGCGUGGCGGUGUCAAGCGAAUCUCGGGUCUGAUCUACGAGGAGACCCGUGGGGUGCUGAAGGUUUUCUUGGAGAAUGUGAUCAGGGAUGCGGUCACCUACACCGAGCACGCCAAGCGUAAGACGGUCACUGCCAUGGAUGUGGUGUACGCUCUGAAACGCCAGGGCCGCACUCUGUAUGGCUUCGGCGGUUGAAGAAUUCUUCCCUUUAUCCAAUCGACAAAACAAAGGCUCUUUUAAGAGCCACCCACCAUUUCACAAAGGGAGCAGUGACCGGGAGCAUGAUCACAUUAUGUACUGAAUGAACUUUUAGUUAUUGCCCGAUCGCCGCAUGCAUUUGAUUGAUUCUUGCUUUCAGCGGUUGUGAUGAAGAAAGGUGAUGUUAGCCAGAUAUUCUGAAGGUUUAAACUGAAGAGGUGCUUAUAGUAGACUAUUCUCCAGGCCAAAGAUCAUAAAGGCUAUCCCCGUUUUCCCCUUUGCUAUUUAACACUUUGUAAAUCCAGCAACACAAAGGUCGACUCGAAACUUUCCCGGCAAGCAGUAGUAUAUAUCCAGUCUAUUCAGACUUGGCGGUUUACCGACGUGAUUUGAAUUAAUUCGAAAUUAUGUUGGUAGGAACAGAAUAAUGCUGCAUUCACAAUUGCAAGGGAGUAUGUACCUCGGUUCCCGCUUGCCGUUAAAUUGGCGGGCGAUUUCAAAUUGAACCAGUAGCCAACCACACGACAGUGUGCCUGCCCUCACUGGUUGUCUGAGCUCCGCCCGCCGCUCACAAAUCUCUAAUUGGUCACAAAUAAUAUUUUCCCCGCCGGCCUCAGACCUGAAACUGGCGUCCAGUUACUGACUGAGCUGCUGCCAAUCGCAGCGCGGGAACGACAUGUUUGCAUCUGUACUACAGCCAAUCUCACGCUGUGGGCCGGCCCUUCACCAAGGCUUUAAAAGUCGGCUCCAGAGCCGGCUCCGUCAUUCCAGUGCCUCUAUUUCACGCUGUAAUACAAGUGUU